CUUACUUGAUCCUGUGUGUUGCCAAAAUGCCAUUCAUACCACCUGUGUCGAUUGCACGGUCAGUGUCUGGACUGACCAGGAAGGACAGUAAUUCAUCACUGACUGCAGCCAAGUCUAAGGUCUCAAAAGAAGACAAAAGCAGCUCAGUUAAGGAGAGAUUUACUUUGAACCUCAAGCAGCUGGGGAAGAAGAGCCAGUCCAGGAGUCAUCUUCCAACCACCAAAGGAAUGUCAAGUGCAGACCUGCCUACAAAGAGAAGAGACAGGCCAUUGCCCUCAUCUCAAACAGACAGUUUCCCUGCAUCUAGCUCAAGUGAGUCCUUGUCAAAACUGCCACAGCCUAAAAGUGUAAACACUUCUGUCAAGAGGGAAUCAGAGGUGAUAUCGAGGGCCAGGCACCAGGAGGAGGCCCAUUUUACACUGACUCUCACACCUGAAGCUGUUCUGCUGCUGCACCGUAGAAAUAGUGAAAGACAUCAGAGGUCAGCGGCCAGAAAUGCCGGAAGUGGAGCUGGAGGUGUUUCUGGAAGUGCCGCAGAUUCCAGACGCAGAAGGGAAAACCUCUCGAAAAGACAUCAGCCAACCCAGCGACACAGUGUUUCAAAUAACAGAGCCACAAUGAAAAACACCAGUGAUGCAGAACUGGGAGACAUAAGCUCUUUUUUGAAAAUUUCCCUUUUGAACGAGCAGCACAAGUACGAUGAUGUGGAGUACGAAGAAGAGGAGGACUACGGUGUGGAUGAACGUGUGGUGCUGAAAUGUACAGAGUGGCUCCGUGGGUUGGAAAACAGUCCAGUAACAGCAGGAAGCAGCCUGAAUAAGAGUUCAGGCAGUGUGAAAAGUUUUUGA